AGCCGUCCGCGAGCGGCGUCCUAACGAGUUCCGCUUUGGGCGACGACGGGCACACACGCUCACCACGCGCCGCACUCGCGCUCCAGUCGCUCUGUACCCGGCGCUGAGGGUAGACGUGGAACGUGCCAGAGCUGGACGGACAAUUGGUGCAAUCAUCUCGUUGAGCGUAAACAAACGAGUGGCAUCAUGGGCCGCUCACUAGCGGUGCUCGGAUGCCUUUGCGCAUUAGCUGCGCUUGCGCAUUCCGCCGCUGUACCAACGGCGACGCAGGACACACUGGUUGUCGCCAAGUCUGAGGAUACCAGCGCGCCGACGACAGCUGUAGCAGAUGCGACCACAGAGGAACCGAAUGCUCCCAUCAAACUGACGGAGAUGGACGUCAGGUCCGAAGUGUCCCUCCGGUAUGCGCACACGACGAUCGUGGCCAAGAUGCGCAACCCCGCAAAGCUCGCGCAGGAGGCGCACUUCAGGGUACUGCUGCCUGAAACCGCUUUCAUCAGUGGAUUCGUCAUGACUCUUGACGGCAAAUCCUACAAGGCUUACGUCAAGGAGAAAGAAGAAGCGAAGCAGAUUUACCAAGAUGCCGUCAACCAAGGUCUGGGAGCUGCUCACAUCUCUACCAAGGCACGUGACUCCAAUCACUUCACGGUAUCCGUGAACGUGGAAGCCUCGUCUUCUGCGGUCUUCAAUCUAACGUACGAAGAGUUGCUGGUGCGUCGUAACGGGGUAUACAACCACGCCAUCAACCUGCACCCGGGAGCGCUCGUGCCCAAGCUCACGGUCACCGUGCACGUCAAGGAAGCGGCCAAGAUCUCGGAACUGAGGGUUCCCGAGAUCAGAACUGGAAAUGAAAUUGAUGCCACAAAAGAUGACGCUCAAAACUCAAAAGUAGCAAUCGUAAGGGCAAAUGAUGACCGUGAGGCUACCAUCACGUUUACUCCCGAUCUACAGGAACAAGAGCUACUCAUGAACAUUUACAAGCAAAAAUCAAAGGAAUCCGCACAAGCUGCUUCCCACUCUUACCCGUCCUGGUAUUACUCGGAACCUAAAGAGAAGGACCCUGAAGGUGUGCUGGGCCAGUUUGUGGUGCAGUACGAUGUAGAACGCCCUAAGGACGGAGAGAUUUUGGUAAAUGAUGGAUACUUUGUCCACUUCUUCGCUCCGAGUGAUCUGGAGCCUUUGAACAAGCACGUGGUUUUCGUUCUGGAUACCUCGGGCUCCAUGAUGGACCGUAAGAUCGUGCAGCUGAGGGAAGCCAUGCAGACUAUUCUCGGGGAGCUAAACGAAGGCGACUACUUCAGCAUCGUGGAGUUCUCGUCAUCUGUUACGGUCCACGACCUUAAGGAAGCGGAAAAUGAGCCUCCUAAGCACCAUUACUCAUACUUUGACUACGACAAGCAAGCCACUCUGGUGCCGCCCUCUAAAGCUACGAAGGAGAAUAUCGCUCGCGCCAAGACCAUCGUCAGCUGGCUACAAGCUACAGGAGGAACAAACAUUGCUGCGGCUCUCGACAUAGCUGUGGAGCUAAUAAACAAGGGUGUGGACUGGGUACCCGCGGCCCCAGCGAACUCCACUUCAGUCGCCACGCCAGUAAAGGAAGAGGGUACCACCGUAGAAACCCCUGUCAAACCGACGGAAGCUUCCAAAGCUACUGAGGUUGCUACCCCCGAAGCUGACAAAAAAGCCACGAAAAACUUGGAGCCAAUCAUCAUCUUCCUUACUGACGGCGACCCGACCGUCGGCGAGACGAACCCGAAGCGCAUCCUGACACGGAUCCAGGAAAAGAACUCCGGAGACAACAAGGCUACCAUCUUCUCACUCGCUUUCGGUGAAGACGCGGAUCGCAAGUUCCUGCGGAAGCUGUCCCUCCGUCACGGCGGUUUCAUGCGACACAUCUACGAGGCGGCUGACGCGGCGCUGCAGCUACGAGAUUUCUAUCGACAGAUCUCGUCGCCGCUGCUGGCGCAUCUCAAAUUCUCUUACCCGGCGGCUCAGGUUAAGGCAGACUCAGUGACGAAACAUGAAUUCCGCUCUUACUACCGCGGCUCGGAGCUGGUGGUGGCUGGACGCGUCAACGAGGACUCUGUUGAGAUUACACCCCUAGUGGGCGCCUUCUGCGGCGUUGAUGACGGCUAUGGCAGGAAACGCUAUGAGGUGAGGCCUAAGGUCCCGGUGGCGGCGCCCCGCGGGGACUACCUGCCGCUGGAGAGGCUCUGGUCGUAUCUUACCAUCAAACAGCUGCUCGACCAGCAGGAGACCGUCGACAAAGACCGCACAGAUGACAAGGAAAAUACCCCUGAAAAGAAGGCAUUGGCACUCGCUUUGAAGUACGAAUUCGUGACUCCGCUGACGUCUCUGGUUGUGGUGAAACCUAACGCGACGAGCGCAAUUGACGCCGAGUCGGUUGACAAGUCAGGCGGUUCUCCUUAUACUGGAUUAAGCGCUCACGCCGGAUUCGUCGGUGGUGGACUAUCUAGUGGAUACCUUAGCAGUGCUCCCCUGUCGUUAAGCUUCUCCAAACCGAUGGCGGGUUCUUUCGGAAGCGUCAACGGCCCGACGGGACCGUUGUUCGCACCAUCUGCACAAUUCGAGGCGGAACCUGAAGACUAUGUUAUAGACAAUGAUCAAGACACUGCAGACUUAGGUGCCAGCGGUCCCUUAUAUGCUCUACACAGUCCACUUAAUGCCGGUUUUGGUAUGAGAAAACCAACGACAAGCUACCAUAAUUUCUUCCUGGACAUGAAAGUUUAUGAACCUUCGACCCCUGCCCCGCUGUACUCUUUUACUCAUCGGCCGCUGAAUCUGCUGGACUUUGUUGGUCUGAACAAUUACAGCUGGAUGGAAACGUUACUGAAAACCGGUGACCAAAGCAAAGACAGUAUAAAUUUGACUGUUAACAAUACCACCCACGUCUUAAAACUGGCAAGAACAGACAUUCCGAAAGAAUCGGCCGACAUGAAAUGCGACAAAGCAGUGGGUGGCGGCGAAGGCGUGUGCGUCUACUUAACGCGGUGUGACGCCGCGAGGAACAUCACAGCUGAACUGUACACUACGACGUUCUGCGAAGUCAAUCAAUAUGCGGGUGUAUGUUGUUCGCAGAAGGAUGUCGACUUACCACAUUGAAAUUGUCUGGAAUUUGUGUUUCGUUCGUGUAUAAAUAUAGUAUAAUAGAUAGACAAUUACGAUGGCAACACUUUAUAAAUCAUUCAUGAUAUUGA